AUGGCCCUCCUCCGCAGGCCCUCCCUCAGCGCCGCCGCCUGCAGCCCCACGCCCGCGCUCCGUUUCCUCUGCGCCUCCUCCCCGUCCUCCUCUUCCUCCGGCCCCGCGGGGGGGGGGGGGCCUUGCUUCGAGGGCGAGAUUCUGGAGUCAGCAAAUGUCAAGGCCUUUACCUUCAGUGAGCUGAGGACAGCCACGAGAAACUUCCGGCCGCACAGUGAGCUAGGCGAGGGAGGGUUUGGAUCAGUCUUCAAAGGGUGGAUCGAUGAGAAGACCCUCACACCGACUAAGCCAGGCACCGGGAUGGUCAUUGCUGUCCAGAAGCUUAAUCAGGGCCAUAGAGAAUGGAUGGCUGGAGUACCUUGGACAACUAUCACACCCAAAUCUUGUGAAGCUCGUCCGGUACUGUGGGCGAAGAUGAACAACGGCUUCUCGUCUACGAGUUCAUGCCUCGUGGGAGUUUAG